CACAGGCAUUAAUCAUAUACUGCCUGUAACCAGCAGAAAGGGGUUUGAGAUCAGGGAUCAAGAUCUAAGAAGAGACGUUCCACUGUCUGAUAAGUGUGCAAGUCAAGAGCCAAAUUACGUAGAAAUUACCACUGGGAAAAUGACCUGUCAAUGGAGGGAGUGGAACUUGCUCGCUCUGCACGCUGCUUCACCCCUGAGGAUGUCAGUGGAAAAGGCAAAGCCCCAGACACAGGCGCGGACAUGGACCCAUGCCUGGGUGUGAGCUUUCCAAGGCAGUCAUUCUGCUCCACAGAUGUGUUCGUGGAGGCUGUGGCACAGACCUGCUGUCUGUGCCAACGGGACCUACGGGAUGAGGGCUCUCGGCUGCUCCCGUGCCAACACCUGCUCUGUAAGGACUGUUUCCAGAGUUUCAUGCGGGAGUUAGGCCCUGUUACUAGGGCCUAUGGGACAGUCCCAGACGAGCUCAUCUCCUGUCCUGCAUGUCAGCGAGUGUAUCUUACCAGAGAUGUAACUGAACAUAUUUUUCUCCAGUGCUUUCCUCCUGGGCAACCCACAAUGGCCAGGAGCUGCUCUGAGUGCAAGGAGAAGCGGGCGGCGCAUAUUCUCUGCACCUACUGCAAUCGCUGGCUGUGCAGCUCUUGCACAGAGGAACACCGGCAUGCCCCGGCCCCGGGGGGCCCACUCUUUGCGCGGGCACAGAAGGGAUCCUCAGGGGUGAAUGGUGGCUCUGGGGACUUCGCCUUGUACUGCCCUCUGCACACACAGGAAGUGCUCAAGCUCUUCUGCGAGACAUGUGAUGUGCUCACAUGCCACAGCUGCCUAAUGGUGGAACACAAAGAGCACAGGUGCAGACAUGUUGAAGAAGUUCUACAAAACCAGAGGAUGCUUCUAGAAAGCGUGACCACACAGGUGGCACAUAAGAAGUCCAGCCUGCAGACAUCUGCGAAGCAAAUCGAGGACAGGAUUUUUGAAGUGAAACAUCAGCAUAGGAAGGUGGAAAACCAGAUCAAAAUGGCCAAGAUGGUCCUCAUGAAUGAGCUGAACAAACAGGCCAAUGGACUCAUAGAGGAGCUUGAGGGCAUUACUAACGAGAGAAAGCGGAAGCUGGAGCAGCAGUUACAGAGCAUCAUGGUUCUCAACCGUCAGUUUGAACAUGUGCAGAACUUCAUCAACUGGGCUGUCUGCAGCAAAACCAGCGUCCCGUUCCUUUUCAGCAAAGAACUGAUUGUGUUCCAGAUGCAGCGGCUGCUGGAGACGAGUUGUAACACCGAUCCUGGCUCUCCUUGGAGUAUCAGAUUCACCUGGGAGCCCAACUUCUGGACCAAGCAGCUGGCUUCCCUUGGCUGCAUAACCACUGAGGGUGGACAGCUGUCCCGGGCAGAUGCUGCGGCUGCUUAUGGGAGCUUACAGGGGCCAUCCUCCUUUUAUCAGAGCCACCAGGCCCCCAUGGCUCAGCAGGAGUCUCUCAGCCACCCCUCACACAAGUUCCAGCCUCCAGCACUGUGCUCCUCGUCUGUCUGCUGUUCCCACUGCUCCCCAGUCUCACCUUCCCUCAAAGGCCAGGUCGCCCCACCCAGUAUCCACCCAGCUCACAGUUUCCGGCAGCCCUCUGAAAUGGUGUCCCACCAGCUGGGGUCACUGCAGUGUUCCACCCUGCUGCCCCGGGAGAAAGAGCUAGGCUGCAGUCCUCAUCCACCAAAGCUGCUGCAGCCCUGGCUAGAACCACCACCGCCUCCCGCAGAACAGGAGAGUACAUCCCAGCGGCCAGGACAGCAGCUGAUUUCCCAGCCUGUGUGCAUCGUCCCUCCGCAAGACGUUCAGUCGGGAGCUCAUGCCCAGCCCACCAUACAGACACCCUCCAUCCAAGUUCAGCUGGGCCACCACCAGAAGCUGAAGCUCAGCCACUUUCAACAGCAGCCACAGCAGCAGCCACCACCCCCUCCUCCACCCCCUCCACCCACCCAGCAUGCACCCGCACCCUUGCCUCCCUCCCAGCACCUAGCUUCCAGUCAGCAUGAGAGCCCUCCUGGGCCUGCCUGUUCACAGAACGUGGACAUUAUGCACCACAAGUUUGAGCUGGAGGAGAUGCAGAAGGACUUGGAACUUCUCCUGCAGGCUCAGCAGCCCAGCCUUCAGCUGAGUCAGACCAAGUCUCCUCAGCAUCUUCAGCAAACCAUCGUGGGGCAGAUCAACUACAUCGUGAGGCAGCCAGCACCUGUCCAGACCCAGAGCCAGGAGGAUACCCUGCAGGUUACAGAGGAGCCACCAGCAUCUGAGGGCCCAAAGCCAGCUCUACCCCUUGACAAGAAUUCGGCGGCCGCCUUGUCUCAGACAUCGGGGGAAGAAACUCCUCACAGUGUCCCCCCAGUGGACAGCACCCCCCAGCACUCCUCUCCAAAUGUGGUGAGAAAGCACUCCACCUCAGUGAGCAUCAUGGGCUUUUCCAACACUCUGGAGAUGGAGUUGUCAUCUACCAGGCUGGCGAGGACCAUAGAGCCGCAGAUCCACAGAGUGAGCAGCCUGACAGCUGGUCCCACCCACACAAUUCCAAGCCUGCUGAGUGGCCCACCCCAAACUGUGUCCAGCCUGAUGAGUGUCUCAAGCCAUGCCGUGCCCAGCUCAGCCAGUCACCUGCAGCCUGUGCCAAACCUUGUGCGUGGCACGUUCCAGUCUAUGCCCAACCUUAGGGGUGAUUGCUCCCAGGCCAUUACAAGCCUGGCAAGCAACCACUCGCAGGCUGGGUCCAGCCUGGUGUCUGGGCACACCCAGGCUGUGCCGAGUCUGGCCACUUGUUCUCUGCAGGGCAUGCCUCCGGUUUCUGACAUACAUUUGGAGACGAGAUCCACUUCCAGUCCUGGUUCUGGCCAAAUUGCAGAGAGCCUGGGCCCCAAGGAUGGGUCUGAGUCCUCCCUGGGGAAUGCCCUGUGUAAGAUGGAAAGUGAGGAUUGCACUCGCUUCACAGACUCCGUAGGACAAGGCUCCACAGCCUCCAGUCUGGAUGUUUCCAAAGAUUUGGCUAUUUCCUCAGAACUGGAGGAACCAAUUAACCUCUCUGUGAAAAAACCUUCCCUAGCACCGAUGACCAACACGUCUAUUGCUCUACAACAGUACCAGCACCCAAAAGAAUAUGAGAAUUUUGAACAAGAAGCCUUAGAGCUGGAUACAAAGGAGAAUUCAAGCAUCAGAGCCAUCAGCAGUGAGCCCAAGAUUCCCUAUGUGCGACUGGAGAGGCUCAAGAUCUGUGCUGCCUCAUCAGGAGAGAUGCCUGUGUUUAAGCUGAAGCCCCAGAAGAACAGCCAGGACGGGAGCUUCCUGCUGGUGAUCGAGUGUGGCACCGAGUCCUCUAGCAUGUCCAUUAAGGUCAGCCAGAACAGCCUGCCUGAUGCCACCCACGGCCCGGGUCUGGGGGGAAGAAAGGUCACUGUCACCUCCCCGACUGGGCAGCGGCCACUGGAGGUGGACAGUGCAUCUUCUGAAGAACACAGACUCAUUCCCCGAACUCUGGGAGCCAAGAAGUGCACCCCAGCCCCCAUAGAGAACGAGGACUUCUGUGCUGUGUGUCUCAAUGGUGGGGAGCUGCUGUGCUGUGACCGCUGCCCCAAAGUGUAUCACCUUUCCUGCCAUGUGCCAGCCCUGCUCAGCUUCCCAGGGGGGGAGUGGGUGUGCACCCUGUGCCGCAGCCUGAUGCAGCCUGAGAUGGAGUACGAUUGUGAGAAUGCCCGCUACAGUCAGCCCGGAGUGCGGGCACCUCCCGGCCUGAGCACCAAUGACCAGAAGAAGUGUGAGAAGCUGGUCCUGUCUCUGUGCUGCAACAGCCUCAGCCUGCCCUUCCACGAACCAGUCAGCCCCCUGGCCAGGCAUUAUUACCAGAUCAUCAAGAGGCCCAUGGACCUGUCGAUUAUCCGGAGGAAGCUACAAAAGAAGGACCCCGCUCACUAUACUACUCCAGAGGAAGUGGUGUCAGACGUGCGCCUCAUGUUCUGGAACUGUGCUAAGUUCAAUUAUCCUGACUCGGAGGUUGCAGAGGCUGGUCGCUGUCUGGAAGUAUUCUUUGAGGGCUGGCUAAAGGAGAUCUACCCAGACAAAAGCUUUGCCCAGCCCCAGCAAGAGGAUUCAGACUCUGAGGACGUAUCUGGAGAGAGUGGCUGUUCCACCCCCCAGGGCUUCCCGUGGCCUCCCUACAUGCAGGAAGGCAUCCAGCCCAAGAGGCGGCGGCGACAUAUGGAGAAUGAAAAGACAAAGAGAAUGUCAUUUCGUCUGGCCAACAGCAUCUCGCAGGUGUGAGAACUGGAAGGAGACGGGGCACUCUGGUGGCCGAUGUCCCACCCUCUCGACCAUCCCUCCCCAUCCUUCAGCUUAUUCUCUUCAGAGUGUGGCUGUGAGAUGAGUCUUGUUGAGCGGAUAGCGCUCCCUUCAUCAUUUGCAUCUCUAGCAUUUAUUUGGGAGCCAUAGUGCAUCCACCAUAAAGAAGAUUUCAGUAAAACA